AUGUCUUUUGUUGUGAAGGAAAGAGUGAUUUGGCUAGAGAUUCAAGGUCUCCCACUCUAUGCAUGGUCUAUUACAGCUUAUAAGAAGAUUGCAGUGAUAUACGGUAAGGUGUUGUUUGCUGAUGAGGAUCUUGAUGAGCAAUUAAGUAGUGGGAAGGUUUGUGAGGGUACUUUUCUAUUAGACUUCAUUAACAAUAACCCAAUUAUUGAUAUUGAAGGAAAAUCUUAUGCUAUUCAAGUCCGUGAAAUUGCUUUAUGGUGCCCAGAAAUAAAGACGCCUAAAGAUGAUGCUAUAAAUGAUAGGGAAGCUAAAAAAGAAGAGAAUGAUUUAAGUGACGAUGAAGAUGCGGAGAGCAUAGAUGAAGAGUCAGAAAAUGGAAAAGACGAUGAUGGGAUGAAUCAAUUCCUACCCGAUGAUCCAUUUUUUUAUAAUGAUAAGUUUGUUGGGUUGAAAGACGGUAAUAUUGAGAAUGUUUCAAGUGACCAAGAGUUUUGUAAUAAGGAUCCAGUUAGUGCGUCGGUUAAUUCAAAAAAGUUGAUUCCUAACAAAGGAAAGUCAUCGAUGACAACCAUGGUCUCAAUCCGGAAGAGUGAUGUUGGAGAAAAAGGCGAUGUUGGAGAAAAAGGGGAUGGAUCUAGGGUGGAUGAAAAUUCUGAUAGUUCAAGGUAUUUAUCUGCCCCACCUGGAUUCAAUGGUGUUAAAUUCCACUCGACAGAACAUUUGAAGUCAGUCCCUUCAGAACAAACAUUAUCGGCUUCAUAUAUCAAAGGUAAUAAUUUAAAAUAUAAGGAAAAGCAAGUUAGUGUGGGGUCUCUUAUGGAAGUUAUGGAAAACUAUAUUGAAUUUGGUAAAGUCCUGGGUUAUGAUUUCAAAGGGUGUAAGGAAGAUUUGGCUUGUAUGAUUGAAAGUAAAGGAGAACAAAUUAGUUUUAAAUGA